CCCCAAGCCGCCCUGCACGUGACGCGUGCGGAGGAAGACAAGGGGCCCCGCGCCGCCCUAGGCGGUCCAGGGUCCCCGGGGUCUAAGUGUGAGCAGCUCCUUGCCCGGAAUUUGGUUUGUGCAGGGCGGGGAGGGCCCCCGUCGUCUGGCCCCAUCCGUAGCCGCUCCAGCGGGCGGUCUUCGGUUUGAGGGGGUCCGGAACCGAAGGAGUUAAAACAAGCGACUCCCCCCCCCCACCCCACUGGCCGCCUCCCUCACCAGUCCAGCCCUCCAGCCAUGGGCGGACGCGAUCACCUGUUCAAAGUGCUGGUGGUGGGGGACGCCGCGGUGGGCAAGACGUCCCUGGUGCAGCGAUACUCCCAGGACAGCUUCAACAAACAUUACAAGUCCACGGUGGGAGUGGAUUUUGCUCUGAAGGUUCUCCAGUGGUCUGACUCAGAGGUGGUGCGGCUCCAGCUGUGGGAUAUUGCAGGGCAGGAGCGCUUCACCUCCAUGACACGACUGUACUAUCGGGAUGCCUCCGCCUGUGUUAUUAUGUUCGAUGUCACCAACGCCACAACCUUCACCAACAGCCAGAGAUGGAAACAGGACUUGGACAGCAAGCUCACGCUGCCUAAUGGAGAGCCCGUGCCCUGCCUGCUCUUGGCCAACAAAUGUGAUCUGUCCCCCUGGGCAGUGAGCCGAGACCAAGUUGACCGGUUCAGUAAAGAGAAUGGUUUCACAGGUUGGACAGAAACAUCGGUCAAGGAGAACAAAAAUAUUAACGAGGCCAUGAGAGUCCUCAUUGAAAAGAUGAUGAGCAAUUCCAGAGAAGAUAUGUCUUUGUCCACCCAAGGGGACUACAUCAAUCUGCAGACCAAGCCCUCCUCCAGCUGGGCGUGCUGCUAGUAGUUUUUGGCUUGUUUCCCUCCCACUGUCAGGAGGUCUCUUCAUCCCUUUCCCUUGGUUGCCCACCCAGCAAUCUCAUGUGCAUUUGAACUGUCUCCUGCCAGCUGUCCUGGAAGGACCAUCAUCCCUAAGGAAAGCCUGGGACUCAAAUGCAUCUCUGCAUCUCUCACAGGUGGGCUCCCACUGGCUGCUGGCUGCUGUGACUCAGUUGGCACCUUCUGUGUAAGAAAGCUCAUCUUAUCUCUCCAUUUGGGAUCCGGGAUUUUGUGGGAAGCGUUGGAAAUCGGCACCUGUGAUCAGAAUCCCCACCUGUUUUUCACGUUCAUGUUCCCAUUUGAUGUAUGUUGAUAUCUCAACCUGAUAGGACUUCAGAUUGCGAGGAAAACGAGAGCAAAGGGCAUUUCCCAAAUUCAUCGUAGGUUAUCGCUGUCAGAUUCUUCCUGUCUUGGACUUUGAAUUUGAACCUCUGAUUCCAAGAUGCACAGGAGUGCGGCUGGAUAUCCAUGGGUUUGGGGCUACAGGAGGUAACGCAAAAGUCACUGUAUUUUUGAAGCUUCUAAAGUCAUAACUGGCUUUCUCUUACCUUGGCUUCAAGAAUAGUCAAGCUUUUAAACUACUUAUUGUGUGUGGCGAGAACAUUUCUUUCCCCCAAAGGAAUCAAUUGUCACGUUAGAGUUUUUCAGUAUCUCGCUACCAGCGGGGUGGGAGCGGGGUUAGCAGGUAUUCUGGGCUGGUGUCCUGACGUCUAACACUGCAAAUGACAUCAGUUGGCCGUGGUGCCCUGAAAUAGGUCUGUUCCGCACAGCUCGGGGAGUCUGAAUGGAAGAGGGAAAGGUUAAUAGAACAAAAUCCUGUGGGGCAACUUGCUUCUGAGCACUUUGGGUGCCUAGCACUUAACAGCCUUAAGAAACAAAUUUUAUGUACAGACCUUUGCCUGAGGGGACUGAGUAGAUAGACAGAAAAUCUUUAAGUAAUUUAAGUGCUAAAUCGGGUAGGGUUUUUAGUAUCAAAUCACUUCUAGACAGCUUAAUUUGUUAAAUUCUCACAGGAUGGUGAUUUAUAACUUACCCAAAGUUAUGAAUAUUCUUAAUGGACUCAGAGGCCUAGAAUUUUUUGAAAGACACUUAUUUAGAUAAGUAAGCAUCCUAAGUAAGCAACUCCCAAAUCUGACCAAUCAGAACCACCUGGGAAGUUUGUUUAAAAAAACAUUUUUUUUUAAAUAAGGUGUUUAUUUUAUGUUUUAAGAUUUCUCAAACCCACUGAAUCAAAAUUUCCUGGGGUGGAGCCUGGGAAUUUGUUGUUUUUCAAAGCUACCCGGAUAAUUUGACUAGCCUGGUUUGGAAAGCAUCACUGGGGAGUUUGGUAAAGAUGUACAGACCCAGGCAUUCCCUAUAUAAAUGCCCCUGGGCUCCCCUGUGCUCUGUUAGCUCUCCAGGUGAUUCUAAUAUACACCAGACUUUGGAAACUACUGUCUUAAGAGAAUGAUCAGAGGCCAAAUAUCAGAAAGAGAAUGGGAGCCAGACUUUCAGUGGUUGGUUGGUUGGUUGGUUGGUUGUUUUUUAAUACCAAGUAUUAUCACUUGUGCAUAGUCUCUUAAGACCGUGAAGUUCUCUUUUGUAUUACCCUUUUAAAAUAAUAGGUUUUUAUUACAACGAUUCUGAAGGUAUUAGUGGAGUAACUAAUUCCCUUUAUGUGAAAAGAAAAUUGAUUAUUAUUUGCCAGUUUGAACCUCUGCAAAGUCACAAAUAAAGGUGAAAUAAGUCUUGUA